AUGGCGCCUGCUCCUGGCUUGAGGCCGGUGCACGGCUCAAGCAAUGCUUGGCAGACGCAGCACCGAAGGGCUGGUGAGGACGUUUGUUCAGACAAGGCAGUGCUCCAGAAGGGCGCAGGCGUGUCGUCCUCUCGCUUGCGACCGAACUCGCUUCAAGCCUCCCUCGCAGCUGUCUCUCGCAAUCCUCCGUCGCUAAGUCGAUAUCCCGACAAGAAUGGCGCGUUUAAGGCCCGGGUCUCCGCUGGUCUUGUCCGAGUUGAAUUCCGAACAGAGCCCAGGUUUCGCAUCGGUCGGACCAGCCACCUUCACAUCGCCAAGACCAGGCAACAUUCCGGGGGAACAACCUCACGCCCUUACCUCGUUCCGAGCGCCUCACCCAAAAUGGCGGCUCUUUCGGCACCCCUGAAGCUUAUGUCAGCCUUCGCUAUGACCACCGGACUCAUGGAUCUCGUUACAGGCGUCGGCUCUUUGGAAUUGAUCACAGGUGUCUCUCUACCAGCCGACAACCGCGCUGCUGUCUUCGUCGACAGUCAGUUACGAUUUCUCGGAGGAAUAUGGGCCGGCUAUGGAGCCAUGUUGUGGUGGGCGAGCAACAAUUUCUUUGACGAGGAAUACGAAGACGAAGCACUUCUAUCUUCCUGUCUGUGGUCCGACCGGAGAGACGUGCAGGCGGGCCAAGCUGGCGCGCCUACCUGGACUUCGGCGGCAGCGGUUCUGAUGAACACGAUGAUCGCCGCCUCUGACUAG